GUGGCAGAUAGCAACUGGUUGAUGCAAGUUGACAACGCGGUGCAUUUCAUUUAUAAUUGACCAUAGAAUUGGUCUUUUAUAUUAAAAAGCAAGGCUCGACAAACGAAAUAACAAACAAGCACAUGUCAGUGAUGGAGUUGUAUGAUCUCUUGUUAAUGGUCUCAGGAGUCUCCGUUGUCUUGGCAAACAAUUUGCGAAAGGAACGUAGUGUUUCUGUGGGUUACUCUUCUCUCUCGCAUCUGUGUGAAGCUCAACCUGACCGUUUCCUCUGCAUUAAUUGCAAGACUUUGGUCGUGUGUGUAAAAGGACAAGCCUUCGUUCGUCACUGCAUCGAGGAUCAUUACUGCACAGACAAAAGUGAAUUUGGAGGUGGUGUGUGCUAUCCUAAUGAACCAACAGAGUGCACUUGUGAGAGGCCAUAUAUAUUUCGCGUGGACCACUAUGACCCACAGAGGUUUUUCUCCUGCAGUGAUGUAGGAUCCAAACCAGAAAGUUACAAGUGUCCAGAUGGUAUGGUGUUUGACGAAAACCUUACACAGUGUCGUAAUGAAGCUGGUCUACCACCUUGUACCAAGCCUGGGACCUUUGUUAAUCCAGGAAAUUGUAGUGAAUAUUACUCGUGUAUUGCCCUGAGACAUGGAUGGCUGCAAAAGUCCUUCUUGUGUAACGGUAAUGCCUUUUUCAACGAGAGAAAGCAAAUUUGUGAAGAUCCUUGCAAGUACAAGUUCAAGUGCGACAGUGAAGGACGCUUCCCUGACCCAGUGAAUAAGCAUAGAUACUUUGAAUGUUUCCUAGAAUCUGGUCAGCUGAAACAGAUAAGGUAUCAAUGUCCUGAGGGGUAUACAUGGUAUAGUGUAUCGACAGGAGUUGGCAAGUGUGUGGAGAGCUAUGGAAUCAGCCAUGAUAAUCAUAACUUUGAUCACUGCUCCUUGCCACAGGACUGGUGUCCCAGUAAUGAAAUUGGACCCACAGUUCGUGGGAAAGCCAAGGACUUUAGACCCGAGUAUGAAGGAGAUAAUGUCAAGAGUGAGAGCGCUUCACAAGACCUAAAUAUCAUUUGGGUCAGCAAGUCAAAGAAGUGAUAUCAGCAAUGUGUAAUUUUAAAUAAAUAUCCCCUAUUUUU